CCCGCGUGAGGCCACGCCCCCCGCGGUGGCCGAGAGGUUGGUUGCGCGGGCGCCGGGGAAGGAGACGCUGCCCUUCCGCAGCGAUGGGAUCCUGGCUCUGUGGAAGGACCCUCUGGUAUGUGUGUCCCUGUCUUUCCGAGGCGUGGAUGGUGCCUGGGACCCAGCCAGCAGCCAGUUGAAGACAUUUUCCUUGGGAGCUCUUAGACCCGAGGGUGCUGGUCCUGCCAUGGCGUUCCGGAGGACUGAGGGCAUGUCCAUGAUCCAGGCGCUGGCCAUGACGGUGGCCGAGAUCCCUGUGUUCCUGUACACGACCUUUGGGCAGUCUGCCUUCUCCCAGCUGCGGCUGACACCGGGCCUGCGGAAGGUCCUUUUUGCCACAGCCCUGGGCACGGUGGCCCUGGCCCUGGCCGCCCAUCAGCUGAAGAGGCGACGGCGGAGGAAGAAGCAGGUCGGCCCUGAGAUGGGAGGGGCAUAUCUGGGCACGGUGCCCCUCCCCAUCCUCAUGGCCAGGAAGGUCCCGUCGGUGAAGAAAGGCUACUCCAGCCGGAGGAUGCAGAGCCCCAGUAGCAAGAGCAACGACACUCUGAGUGGCAUCUCCUCCAUCGAGCCCAGCAAGCACUCAGGCUCCUCCCACAGCUUGGCUUCGAUGGUAGCAGUGAACUCAUCCAGCCCCAUGGCUGCAUGCUCGGGACCAUGGGACACCGGAGGGAUGGAAGAGUCUGUGACUACCAGUGAUGGCAAUGCGGAGAGUCUCUACAUGCAAGGCAUGGAGCUGUUCGAGGAGGCUCUACAGAAGUGGGAGCAGGCGCUGAGCGUGGGGCAGCGAGGGGACAGCAGUACCCCCACGCCAGGGGACAGCCUGCGGAACCCCGAGGCUGCUUCGGAGGUACUGUCUGAGCCAGAGUCACAGCGAAGGGAGUUUGCAGAGAAGCUGGAGUCCCUGCUGCACCGGGCUUACCACCUGCAGGAGGAGUUUGGGUCCACCUUCCCAGCCGACAGCGUGCUGCUGGACCUUGAGAGGACCCUCAUGUUGCCCCUGACCGAGGGCUCCCUGCAUCUACGGGCGGACGAUGAGGACAGCCUGACCUCCGAGGAUUCCUUCUUCUCUGCUACCGAGCUCUUUGAGUCCCUGCAGGCAGGAGAUGACCUGAUCCCACUCUCCAGGCCGGCUGCCGCUUAUGAGGAGGCCCUACAGCUGGUGAAGGAGGGGAAAGUGCCCUGCCGGACCCUCAGGACUGAGCUGCUGGGCUGCUACAGUGACCAGGACUUUCUGGCCAAGCUGCAUUGUGUGCGGCAAGCCUUUGAGGGUCUUCUAGAAGACAAGAGCAACCAGCUUUUCUUUGGAGAGGUUGGCCGGCAGAUGGUGACGGGCCUGAUGACCAAAGCUGAGAAGAGCCCCAAAGGCUUCCUGGAGAGUUACGAGGAGAUGAUGGUCUAUGCCCUGCGGCCCGAGACCUGGGCCACCACACGGCUGGAGCUGGAGGGCCGUGGGGUGGUGUGCAUGAGCUUCUUCGAUAUUGUGCUGGACUUCAUACUUAUGGAUGCCUUCGAGGACCUGGAGAACCCUCCAUCCUCGGUGCUCGCCGUCCUGAGGAACCGCUGGCUGUCAGACAGCUUCAAGGAGACGGCUCUAGCCACUGCUUGCUGGUCAGUCUUGAAAGCCAAGAGGAGACUGCUGAUGGUGCCCGAUGGCUUCAUCUCCCAUUUCUACUCCGUAUCGGAGCACGUUAGCCCCGUCCUAGCCUUCGGCUUCCUCGGACCCAAGCCCCAGCUCUCGGAAGUCUGUGCUUUCUUCAAGCACCAGAUCGUGCAGUACCUGAGGGACAUGUUCGACCUGGACAACGUGCGCUACACCUCCGUGCCGGCCCUGGCAGACGACAUCCUGCAGCUGUCCCGGCGCCGCAGCGAAAUCCUGCUUGGCUACUUGGGGGCGCCAGUGGCCAGCAGUGUGGGCCUGAACGGGGCACUGCCCCGAGAGAAUGGGCCCCUGGAGGAGAUGCAGUAGCGGCGGGUACAGGCUUGGGGAAGGGGGCUGCCUGGGCCUCGUCCGCCUGGGCGAUGGCCAUGAGAAGGUCUUCUCCUCCCCUCCUUUGGGUUGGCAUUGAAGGGCCUGGGGAUCCAUGGCCAUCAGCAGGGGCAGAGUCUGGGCCUGGGUGGCCAAGGGUGAUUGCCCCUGACCUUGUCCCUCCUCAUCAUUUGGGAAUCCCUGCCAACUGCCUUGGAGAGGGUUGGAGCCCCUGGGAGCCCGCCUGACUGCCCUCAGCUAUCCCUGGGGGAAGCGGCGGCUGGACCAGUGACCUGCAGGGCCCGAGGGAGAGGAAGGAGGUGGGGGAGAGGGGGUGGCAUUGUGAGGAGAGGUGGGACAGGCAGACCCGGGAUGCCCUUGGUGUGGGACCCCAAAACCUCCCCCCACCCCAGGGCUGCUGAUGAGGGGGGCUGGGAAGGAAGAGGUGGAAGAUGGGGGUGGCAGGGCUCUGGGGUGAAGGCCACGAUGUCCUGAGCUAGAAGGAACCUGGGCUAGACAGUCUCUGGCUGCCCAGUCACACUGGCCCCCACCCCUGCCACCACCCUAGAGAGUUUGCAGCUCCAGAAAGUGAGGGUGGGGUCACAGAGUGCCUGGGGAACACCUUGGGAGCUGGCAGGCCUGGACCAUCCAAGGGUGGGACAGGCCGGGUCUACUUUCCUUGUGCUCAAGUCUGGGCAGGGACUGGGCCCUUGGCGAACCCAAGCACGAAACCAGAAUGCUGUCUUCUGACAUGCCCUCCUCCUGCCAAAGACUGUCAUUUCUCUUCCCCUUUUGCCACCACCAAAGACGGAGGAGGUGGGGCUGGUCCUCCCGCCCACCCACCUGCCUCUGUGAGCCUGUACCCCCCUGGGUGGUGCUAGGGCUGAGCUGGAGGCUCUGACCAGGGCUCAUCUCAGGCCCGUUGCCUGUGCUGCCAUUGGUGGGGGCCCAGGGACCACAUCAGGGAGGUCAGAGGACACACAGGGCUGGACCGAAUCCCCUGCCCUCAUUAGGACAGGAAACUUUGCCGGGCACUUUGCCUUUGGCUCGACGCACAAAUGCUCUAGCUGUGCAGUGGCUGGUCCUACAGCUGUCCCCACAUUGUCCCCACAUUGUCCCCAUGUCUGCGGGGUGCUGUCAGCCCUGCAGACUUACUUCUCUCACAGUGUUUUCACUGGAGGUGGGAUGUUUUAUUUAUUGCCUUAACACUUUAUUUUGAGGUUCUGCCCCUUUCAGGCCGAGAAGCCACCCAGAGACACUGAGGCCUCUUUGGUCUCCCUACUCCGGAGGACUGGCUCCUCAGACCAGGGCCCCUCUCCCCUGAAAGGCAGAGGGGUCCCGGGAGGGAGAGAGAGGAGAAACACAGAGGGAUGGUGUGGGCCCGGCCCAUCAGCUCGGAGCUCAUUCCCCCUACCUGCACGCUCCCUCCUGUUCCCCAGACUGGGGGGCCCAGUGUUGAGCCAGGGCUCCGGCUCCAACGCCCGCCCUCUGAGGUUGGUGCCCAGGAAGGAGCAGCCUCCUGGGUGGGAAGGCCUGGGGUGGCCCUCCUCCCUUCCAGCCCCACAUUCAGUUCAUUUGCACUUACCCCGCGCUAUGAAUGUCAUCUUGAGCCUGGGCCCCGGCCACUCUGAUUUGCUCACAAAUCACUCAGAGUGGCAUUUUCAUCUUGUCUUUGUUUACACGUCCAUGCACUGCCUUGGGCACUUGAUUUGUUGCAGCUUCCAACUUUUGUAUGGUAGAGUGUGUGUGCAUCGACUUCCAAAUAAAUGAUUUAAACAAUGUCCUUCC